AUGGCUGCUGCACAGGAGAGCCAAUUCCUGAAGCAGGCGAGCGGCCCAAACACUCGCGGCCUGCUCAGAGUCAUUAUCCUCGUUUUGAUCGCGGGCGCCGCCGUCAGCAGCCGUCUGUUCUCGGUGAUUCGCUUUGAGAGCAUCAUCCACGAGUUCGAUCCUUGGUUCAACUUCCGCGCGACGAAAUAUCUGGUCGAGCAUGGCUUUUAUAAGUUCUGGGAUUGGUUCGAUGACCGAACAUGGCAUCCUCUCGGACGAGUUACCGGUGGAACCCUCUACCCCGGAUUGAUGGUGACCAGCGGUGCCAUCUACCACUUCCUCCGCGCCAUCGCGAUGCCCGUCGACAUUCGAAACAUUUGCGUACUACUCGCGCCCGCUUUCUCCGGCCUCACCGCGCUCGCAACGUACCUCUUGACCUCGGAGAUGGUCGAGUCUCCGUCCGCCGGUCUCCUCGCCGCCGCCUUUAUGGGCAUCACACCGGGUUACAUCUCGCGUUCAGUAGCAGGAAGUUACGACAACGAGGCUAUUGCCAUUUUCCUGCUCGUCUUCACGUUCUACCUCUGGAUCAAGGCAGUCAAGCUUGGAUCCAUGUUCUGGGGCGCAAUGGCUGCGCUGUUCUACGGAUACAUGGUGUCGGCGUGGGGAGGAUACGUUUUCAUUACGAACUUGCUGCCUCUGCAUGCGUUUGUGCUGAUUUGCAUGGGAAGAUACAGCCCGCGGUUGUAUGUCAGUUACACCUCGUGGUAUGCAAUUGGUACGCUCGCGAGUAUGCAGAUUCCGUUCGUCGGAUUCAUGCCUAUUCGCAGCAGCGAGCACAUCUUGGUGGCAUUUGUUGAUUGGGUCCGCGCGCAACUUCCCGGAAAGCAGUUCCAGACGCUGCUCCGCGCGCUUGUCCUCUUCAUCUUCGUCGUCGGAUUCGGAGGCCUUGUCCUCCUCACCGUCACUGGAGUUAUUGCCCCCUGGACCGGACGUUUCUACUCGCUUUGGGACACUGGAUACGCAAAGAUUCACAUUCCCAUCAUUGCUUCCGUCUCAGAACAUCAGCCUACCGCAUGGCCCGCGUUCUUCUUCGACUUGAACAUGAUGAUCUGGCUGUUCCCCGCCGGUGUCUACCUUUGCUUCCGCAAGCUCACCGACGAGCAGGUCUUCAUUGUCAUCUACGCCGUACUUGCCAGCUACUUCGCCGGUGUCAUGGUUCGUCUCAUGCUCACCCUGACACCCAUUGUCUGUGUCGCCUCGGCAAUGGCUUUCUCUGAGAUUCUCGAUGUCUUUUUGAGCGUGAAGACCCCGAAGGCCGCCGAUGACAAGGAGACUGGUGCUGCAGACGCUGCCAAGGUUGCGGCAGCCGCAGUCCUCCCUGAUGGUCUGCGCUCGACACGCAACCCCAUUGUCGGCAUCUACUCAUACGCCUCAAAACUGACUGUUGUCGGAGCUUCCCUUGUCUACCUUCUGCUAUUCGUCCUCCACUGCACCUGGGUCACCUCAAACGCCUACUCUUCGCCCUCCGUUGUGCUUGCUUCCAGGCUUCCGGACGGCAGCCAGCACAUCAUUGACGACUACCGUGAGGCGUACUACUGGCUCAGGCAAAACACCCCUCAGAACGCCAAGAUUAUGUCGUGGUGGGAUUACGGUUACCAGAUUGGUGGCAUGGCUGACCGCCCGACACUUGUCGACAACAACACCUGGAACAACACACAUAUCGCGACCGUUGGUAAGGCUAUGAGCUCCAGCGAGGAGGUCAGCUACCCCAUCAUGCGCCAGCACGAAGUCGACUACGUUUUGGUCGUGUUCGGUGGUCUGCUUGGUUACUCUGGUGACGACAUCAACAAGUUCCUCUGGAUGGUCAGGAUUGCCGAGGGCAUCUGGCCUGAUGAGGUCAAGGAGCGCAGCUUCUUCACUCCCCGUGGAGAGUACCGUGUGGACGAGGAAGCCACACCGACCAUGAAGAACAGCUUGAUGUACAAGAUGUCAUACUACAACUACAACGCGCUGUUCCCCGCUGGACAGGCUCAGGACCGUGUCCGUCAAGCGAAACUACCCGCCAAGGGGCCCGAACUCAGCACCAUUGAGGAGGCCUUUACUAGCGAGAACUGGAUCAUCAGGAUUUACAAGGUCAAGGACCUUGACAACUUUGGCCGUGAUCACCAGAGCGCAGUCGCUUUUGACAAUGGCCACAAGAAGAAGAGGGCGUCGAAGAGGAAGGGCGCAAGAACUUUGCGGGUAGAGUAG